UUGAGUCGCGUUCCAACCUUUGCGGAGCUUUGUUUUGAACAAACAAUCAAAUUGAGAUAGGCUUGUGUCAGAACGCUGCUAAACGCUGUGAUGUGAUGAUGAUAACAAUAUCAUUCGUCAAAUUUUGUCAAUAAUCGAUUAGAUGACGCGCUUGUUUAAAAGAAAAUCAUGAACGGAUACUAUACGGAAUAUUAUUCAACUAGUUUUCUAGCGCAAUGCUGUGAAGAUACACAUUUGUCAGAUUUUUAGAUUACAAUCAUGAAAGAUUGAUCGCUGGAUUUUAGCUAAAGAUUAGAUAAUAAAUGCUACAGAAUUUAUUGCUCGAUUUAUUCCAAUCUGCGAUCGGCUCUGACGUGCCGCAAUUACGCCAUGUUCAAAAGUUGGAAUUUCUUUGCAUUGGAUAUAAAUAUUCUUGGAUAAAUAAAUAUAGAAUUUACGAGAAAUAGCUUACCAUCCCAAAGAGUGAAGCAGAAAAAAACCAAUACGAACGUCUCAAACACAUUUUGGAAUUUUGCGUUCUUGUGAAAUGGAUUUAUAAUAAACUUACGUGUUGACGCAUAAUUUUAUAUUUCAAUUGAAUUCACCAGGUGCUAAUUAUUUAAAAAAUAUAUCAAAAAUGCUGUUCAUUUCACAGCGCACACCGGUAUAUAAGUCAAGAAAAUUAACUCCGUGUGAUUCGAAAUUUAUAUGCUUCAUAUGAUAAAAUAAAAACAGAAGAAUUGGAAUUGCUGUUGAUAAGAUACAGAGAAUAGAUUUAAUUUUCUCGCCGGAGUUUUAAAAUUGUAAAAAAAAUAAUAAUAGCAGAAUAACAUGUUAAUACAAAUUCAUCUUAGCCAUAUUACAAAUCGAUUUGUUUUGGAAAAGUGUCAUCAAGUGAAAGAAAAUGAUACCAGUUUAGAUGAAAUUUUGACAAUUCUUCAGUGAGUUUUAAAUCUCGAAAAUCCGUCUGUUAGUGUAUUUUAGAUAAACAUGCGAAUUGUACGGGCCAACUUCGGAUUCCACAAUAUUCAAGUGUUGAUUAUGUUCGGUUUAUUAAUUGUAUUCACUUUAAUACUCCGGGUGGAUUGUGGCAAGAAAAACAAAGACAAGGGGAAGAAAGGCGGCAGCGCCGGCGGCGGCGACGGACCGGAAGAGACGGAAGCCAUUGAGCGUCUGUCGAAGGUGUUUGGCAUCGAGCAUGCGCCGCAGCACAUGGUGGGAGCGACCCCGCCCCAGUUCAUGCUGGAGUUGUUUAACGAUAUUACAGACUCGGGUGGCCUCAUCAAAAAAGGGGGGCCCUACAACGCUUCCACCGUCGUCAGCUUUCCAGAUAGAGCAUACAACAAGGAGAUGCAUUUCUACUAUAACGUAUCAAUGCACGCUAGCGAGCAACUGUUGGAGGCUGAGUUUCAUUUGUUCCGAAUGACACCGCUUGCCAAUGAAACAAGACACGCCCCACAAGGCCGCGUGUCACAUCUAAUAGAGGUAAAAGUAUAUCAAGUCUUGGAUCCAAAGAAUAUGUACUCGGAUAUCGGGCGCACUUUGGUCGACCAGAAACGGGUCAGUGCGCAUGCGCGGGGUUGGUUUAUCUUCAACGUGACCCGUGCAGUGCGAGACUGGGCGUUUCAAAAGGCUCCAAACCAUGGGUUUCUUGUGAUCUCGAAGGCGCUUUACGGACAAGAUCUGGGUGAGGCGGACGUUCGGUUUGCCCAAAGAAAAGCACACCAUGACACAAAACAGCCAAUCCUGGUUAUAUACACGGACGACGGGAGGCAAAGGACGCCGCACUACAUUUCGCCAGAGGACCAAGAAUACAAAGAGAUAACAAGAGACAUUCGCCGACUGGAGAAAAAAUACCAACGCAAAAUGGGAUACAAUUAUGACAAUGCAGGAUUACGGAAUGCCAUCAAAUUCUUGAACGAAAAGGAACGCGAGGAGUACGGUCAUCCAUUCUUUGCUCCUAAAUCUGACUCAGAAAAUGCUGAGAAUAAUUCUAGAAAUAAGAGGAGUGUUUCUAAUUCAACCAAUAAAAAGCGUCCAAAGCGCGAUCGAAAGUCAGAUCAAAAAGACAAAAGGGACGCAAACAGAUAUAGUCGGCGUCGACGUUCGUGUAAUCGACGUCAAAUGUACGUCGAUUUUGACGAAAUCGGAUGGGCGGGUUGGAUAAUAUCCCCAAAAGGAUACAAUGCUUAUCAUUGUAAAGGGCCAUGUGAGUUUCCCUUAGGACAGAGUCAAAGACCAACAAAUCAUGCUACAGUUCAAAGUAUAGUCCACGCCUUGCGCGUUGGGAAAGGCGUAACAACACCUUGUUGCGUUCCCAAUAAGCUUUAUUCCAUUAGUUUAUUAUAUUUUGAUGAUGCUGAAAAUGUGAUUUUAAAACAAUAUGAUGACAUGGUUGCGGCAAGUUGUGGGUGUCACUGAUAUUUGUCAAAGGGAGUCAAGAAGAUGAAGUUAAAGUGUUUGUAUAAAGCCAGUAUUUAUGGUGACCGAAAGGGGCCAUAUUGCGAAUGCGCAGGACUCGUGAUGUGAUGCGCAAUGUUAUUGUUGCGCUGUGCUGUUUCCGAAAGACAGCUUUUUUUGUUUUGCGUCGAUAAAUUCAUCAUAAAUAAUUUUGAGGCAGUUCAAAUUAUAUCUGAAAGUUUGUGAUGCUAAAUUUUAGUUGAUCAAAGUAUGGCCCUAAACGGAGGCGCUUCUACAUAUGACUUAAACCGACUCGUGGCCGUUAAUAUGCCCGCAGCAGAGACGUAGCAUCUAUAGGCAAACUGUCAUCAAUGGUAAAGGACGUAGCUACAUAGGGCUGUCCAAUGCCGUAUUCACGACCAACAAGAAAAACGGGUUUUAAGGUUUAAAUGAAGAACAAGACCGUGAAGUUGUGACUAUAUUGAAGUCAAUUACUGGUAUGACGAAAACUAAGUGAAGUGUUAUUGUAGUGUUGUUUAGUAUGACCAUGCAUUUUGGGUUUUUUAAAGAUAACGUGUGCAUAAAAGGACACAACAAUACAGUUUGCCAACAGACAAAUGUGCCUAGAUUUAGUAAUACAUGUAGUCUAAUAAAGCUUUAUUGAUAAGUUGAAAUACAAAUAAUAAAGUUCCCCGAUAGAAAAACGCGUCUAGAUUUAGUUAAAGUAUAGUAAGGCUUUCAUCAGACCAAAAUCUAUGUACGAGUAGGUGACUUGACACAUCUUGUUGUAUAUAUUCAUUUCCGUCAUAUGACCAUAUUAUGUAACUUUUGACAAGUACUUAUUGGCCAAACUUGAAUGUGUAAACCAAACAGGUUUUCAUUGCUUUGCCAUAUUUAUGUUUUGUUUUGACAUUUGAAAAUUGCUAUUUGUUCUGUGCAGAUGUUGUUAUUAACUGAAUAAAGAAACAAUGACAGAAAUGUUGUUAUUACGUGACAGAUGUUAUUAUAAGGAGAAUAAGUAAACAUUGACAAACAUGUUGUUAUUACGUGACAGAUGUUGUUAUUAGGAGAAUAAGAAAACAUUGACAAACAUGUUGUUAUUACGUGACAGAUGUUAUUAUUAGGAUAAUAAAGAAACAAUAACACUUAUGUUGUUAAUAGGUGGCACAUGUUGUUAUUAGGUCAAUACAGAAACAUUGACACACAUGUUGUUAUUAGAUGACAAAUGUUGCUAUUAGGAGAAUAAAGAAACAGUGGCACUAAUGCUGUUUUUAGGUGAUUAAAGAAUAAAUAGCACAUAUUUUGUAAUUAGGUGCGAAACAAACCAAUGUCACAGAUUCUGUUAUAAGAUGAAUAAAGAAACA